UGUAGAUCAACUUUAUAGUGUCAUCCAAAUGGACGGUAAACGACCAUAUUAUGGAAUUGGCCUAAUUGUUUCUGCUGGUUUUUUCUUCGCCGUCGUUGGAGUAUUAGUCCAGUUGACCAAAGACAGGAUAGUUAUGGACGUUAUAGGCUUAUCUCAUGUAGUCCAAAUAGUUAUUAUUUUACCUCUGAUCAUCCUAAAAAAUGUAAAGUUCAACUAUGAGCGAAGAACGAUUCUGUUAACCUCUCUUCGUUGUCUUACUGGAGCGUUAGGAGAUACUUUUCUUUAUUAUUCCUACACUCUUCUUCCUGUUGGCGACGCAGCUUCCAUUUAUUCUACAAAUUCAGUUUUUGCUAAUGUCUUUUCCGUUUUCAUAUUCAAACGUUCGUGUAAAUGGCCGAAGUUUGUUUCCAGCUUCCUUUGUAUUUUUGGAGUAGCUAUUAUUUCUCAACCAAGUUUUUUAUUUGCAUCAAACAAACACCUUUCCUUUAAUUACAAAGGAGUUGCUGCGGCAAUAGCUUCCUCUAUUCUGGAUUCGUUGUCUUACAACUUUAAUAACCUUUUAGGUAAUGUUGAUCAUCUUUUCCCUACAACAAUUCUAACGAUAAAUAUGAUUCUCAUGUGGGUUUUGAGUUUAAUAAGCGAUAAACGUCUUCCUGUGUUAGGGUUUUCAGAUUGUUCCUGGACCAAUCUGUACAUCACUGGUAUAGGAUUGGCUGGUUUGUUAGCUUUACUUGCUACCACACGAGGAUUUCAACUAGUUGAAGCUGGUCCAGGUAGUGUAGCUCUUUCUUCUAUCAUUGUAUUUGGUUAUAUCCUUCAACUCUUUACUCAGGACUAUUCCAUUCGAGUCGUAAGUAUUGUUGGGGCUGUACUAAUUAUCGUGGCUAUUUUUAUUUCAUCUUCGAGUUCAGUGCACGAUAAGAGCAGUAUGUUCGAGAAUGUGACUGAAGACAUGAGCCAAUCAGUAAACUAUGAGGAAAACACGAAAAAUGACAUGUUUCAAGAAGCAACUGAUUCGUGCGAGCUAAAUUCAUUAAUUGAAGAAGGACUAAAAACUACAAUAUGAAGAACAUCUAUGAAGAACAUCAAGUUCUGGAGUUUAAU